AUGAGGACCUUUCUAUCAGAUGAUUUCAGGUUGCAGGAGGUGACUCGGGAUGACUUGACUAUUGCUAGUAUAUGUUGGGGCUUCACACUCGGUUUUGGUUUCUUGACAACAUGGAAAGCUUUGAAGCAAAGCUCGGCUAUGUAUCAGCGUUAUGGCCUUCGUAGGCUAAGCAAUGCCUAUGUCUGGAUGAUCUGGUCAGAGAUCGCAGUUUGCCUUGCGUUCAGCGUUGUCUGUUGGCUAUACCUUAGAGGCAUAGUUGCUCCUAGUUUUGCAUUCUACUUCAGCGUCUUGACUCUGUGGGCUCUGCAAGUUCAGCUCCUUCUCCAGAUUAUCAUCAACCGUGUUGGUGUCUUGAUGCUGGACCGCAAGAGAGCAAAGAAUCUCAAGUACGGUGUCGCCAUUCUCAUUACCCUCAUCAAUAUUUCGGUCUACUGUAUCUGGGUUCCGGCCAGACUCCAAACCUCCAAGACAUACAUCAAGCUCAACGAUGUAUGGGACAGAUGCGAGAAAGUCAUCUAUCUCGUUGUGGAUGCAGCUCUCAACUGGUUCUUUGUCCGCGUCGUCCGUCGCAACCUUGUCAAGCCUGGUUUGAAGAAGUAUGAGUCUUUGGUUAGAUUCAACUUGUACAUCAUAGGCUUCUCUUUGGCCAUGGAUGUUCUGAUUAUCGCCAUGAUGUCGCUUAAGAACUCCUUCGUCUACAUGCAAUUCCAUCCCUUGGCUUACAUUGUCAAGCUGAAUAUUGAGAUGACCAUGUCGGAACUCAUCUCCAAGGUCGCACGAGCCCAGAAUAACCCUCAUGGUGCUGUCAUGCCAAGCACUAGCACUGGCGACCGAUCAGGAGGUCGAUCCCGUAUGACCAGAACAGGAGACGACAAGACUUUGACCCAAUCAAAGAUUCACGCUUUUACUGGUCGUUCGGAAGAUAUGGAGAUGGGCAUUCUCGAGGACUCAGGUCCGCCGCACAACAACCUUCAGACUCAGAUUGAAGCAGAUAAUUCUUCGACAGACGGUUCUGACCGUGAUGAUGAGUCCAUCGACAAGUCAGGUGGAUUCGUGGUCCGAAGAAAGCAAGAGUUUCACGUUCGUGUAGAGCAAGCAACGCCAUCGCCAAACGCCGAUACAGACAGACGUCUACAUGAUGCGGCGGAAUCUUCAAGAGGAGCAGAGCCAAAGGAUGUACAUUGGAGAUCAUAUUAA